AUGGCGAAACGGAGAAUGAUCAGAGUUGGAGUCCUGUUGUUUGAAAUAACGGCAAUCAUUUAUCUGAGUCAACGUGAAACCCAUGCUGCAUCAAAACGGUUGCUCGGUAACCUAUAUUCAGAUAUACAGCGUGAGAAAUCUACACAGCCAACAGGAGCCAACCAAAUAUUUUGUUAUUACACUAGUUUCGCCCAAACACGAAGAGGAAUUGGUAAAUUUGUCCCAGAAAAUAUCAAUCCAUAUCUGUGUACGCACAUCAUAUUUGCUUUUGUCGACGUUUCCAGAGAUGGUCGCAGUUUGGUUCCAGUUAACGAUAAUGAUGUUCAAACCGAAAGAGGCAAGUCAUGUCUUUAUGCUCGGACUUUGAAACUAAAACGAAAAAAUCCUGAUCUGAAAAUUCUUCUGGCUGUCGGUGGUUGGAAUAUAGGUUCUCAGCCCUUUUUGCCAAUGAUUUCCAAUCGAUUUAACCGUUAUUCGUGGGUAAGAAACGUAGUUAGAUAUCUACGACGGUACGGCUUUGAUGGGUUUGAUAUGGACUGGGAAUUUCCAGGUACACGAGGGAGUCCACCCGACGAUAAAUACCGAUUCACCCAAUUAAUGAAGGAACUCUAUGAAACAUUUGCCGCUGAAGCCCGAAAAUCUGGUCGCGAGAAACUUAUACUGACUUUGGCGACGGCAUCAGGAUCCUUUUUCAUAAGUAAAGCUUAUGAACCCCGAAAAAUCAUCAGUUACGUUGAUUAUAUGCUGUUGAUGACGUAUAACUAUCACGGCCAAUGGGAAGAAGUGACUGGACAUCACAGCGGAAUUUUUAAACAUUGGAAAGACGGAUCUGGAGAGAAGAGUGAACUAAAUGCGGAAUGGUCUAUUAAUUUUUGGCUUAGGGCUGGUAUCCCUCGAUCUAAACUCAUUGUUGGUAUCCCUACCUAUGGAAUGAGCUACACUUUACAAGAUCCUAAUACUCACGACUUAUUUGCUCCAGCAAACGGUGGCGGUAAUAAAGGUGCUUAUACAGACGAAAAAGGUGUUCUGUCAUAUUUUGAGAUAUGUGAAAAUAUUCGAGAACGGGGUUGGAAAAGUGCCUGGAUUGACCCACAGAAAGUACCUUAUGCCUACGGAGGUAAUCAAUGGGUGGGUUUCGAGAAUAUAAUCAGUGUUCAAAUUAAGGCUCAAAAUAUCAUCAACAAAGGCCUGGCCGGGGCAUUUAUCUGGUCCCUGGAGAUGGAUGACUUCACUGGUUCAUGCGGACAAGGUAGAUUUCCGCUGACGACCAAAAUCAGUAACAUUUUGCUGUCUUCUGAUGUUGAUUACGAGUAUCCAGAUGACAUUCCACCACCAAAUACCAUUUUAGAAUUUACAACAAGGGCGGCAAGAGUCAACAAUGUAGAUUGUACAAAAGCCCCUCGGAAACGUUUAGCAGACCCGAGAUCCUGUAGGCACUACAUACUGUGUCUGCCCAGUAACCAGGCCAUACGAAUGAAAUGUCCAAAAGGAACACGCUUUGAUCGAAGUAUUAGUAUGUGCAAUUAUUACCGUGGUGCAACCUGCUAAUAUAAAUAAGUAAAUAAAUUGUCAAAACAUAUCGAGAAGAUUUCAUUUUAAUUUUGUCGCUGUGAAUUUGAAUAACGACAAAAAGAAACAAGUCUUGAACAAUACUUAAAUGCUUCUCUUUAAACAACA